AUGGUAAAAUAUAACAAGGGAUACAAACGCUCCCUACAAUUUAUUCAAACAAAAUUAUUCACUACAAUUACAGAUAAAACAAACUAUAAUAAUAAAUAUAACAAAAUUUUGACAAAUAAUAUGAAUAUAAAUAUUAAUGAUUUAUUCUCAAAAUAUGUUAAAAUAAAAAGUAUAAAUAAUUAUAAUUUCUUUUUUUAUGGUAUAUUACAUGGCCAAAUAGAAGGGAAAAGUUCAAGCGGUAAAGAUUGUUCUGAAUUACUUAGUAAAAUAAAUCCUCAUUAUAUAUUUUUAGAAUUAUGUGAAACACGAUUAAAUAAAUUAUUUUUUACACUUUCAAAUAAAGAUAAAAUAAAUAAUUAUCAAAAUAACAAUUAUUCAAAAUUUACAUAUUUACCGCGAAUACAUAACGGAUUUAUGCAAGGCGAAUAUUUACCUAUACUUGAAAAAUGUAUAAAAAAUAAAAAAUUUAAUUUUUUUUUAUUUGACCGAAAUGUUAAUACUAUAAAAAAUAGGCUAGAUUAUAAUCUUUUAUAUGAUACAAAAUCUUAUAAACAAUUUUUUAACUAUUGUAUUGAGUCUAUAGCAUUAAGACAUUAUCCAUAUAAUGUUUUUAUAAACCUCUACAAAAAUUAUGCUUCUAAAAAUGACAUAAAUAAAAACAAUUGUAUUACUGAAAUACAAACCCCAAAUAAAAAUUAUAUAAAUGAUAUAAAUUCAGAGAAAAAAGAAACUAUUACUAGCAACAGUUUCAAUACUGAACUUUAUUCAGAAUCACAAAAUGAACAAUUCACACAUUCAAAUUCACAGAAAAUUGAUGAUAAAAAAAAAAAAAAAAAAUAUACAAACAAAUACCAUAGUGAUAUACUUGAUGAAGAUUCAGAAUGCUUAAAAAAAUUGGGCAUAUUAAAUAUUUUAAAUGAAAGAUUAAAGAUUCUUUCAAAAUCGACUUAUCAUGUGUUAAUAGAUGAAAAAGUUAAAUAUGGAGCAUAUAAUAUUUGGUGUUCUAUAUUAAAUAAUGAAAAAAAUUUUUUUGAAAAUCAAGAAAAAAAAAAUAUCAUUAUUAUAUGUAAUGCUAAUAUACUUGAAAAAUUAAUUCAAGAAUUUAAUAUAGCAUAUUUCAAUAUCUCUAAAAAAUAUACAAAUUCAAAAAAUAAAAAUUGUAAUAAUAAAUCACAAUUAUUAAUAUUUGAAAACCCUUAUAAUUCUUAUAAUGAUAAUAUAAAACCACAUUGGCCACUUAUAUUUAUUAAAUAUUAUAUCAUCCCAUAUUUUAUUCUAUAUUUUGUUUUAAACACAUCUUAUAAUAUAUUUUCUUGGAUCUAUAAAUCAAAUUUUCAAACAAACCCUCCACUAUCACAUAAUAUCUUAGACAUUAAGGUGUAA